AUGGCCGCUAAGUCGGAUGGAGCAGCGGUGUCUGUGGAAGAUGACAACCCGCCCAGGAGCCUCUCGGAGCCGGGGAACCCCUCCGCCGGGCCCCGCUGCUCCUCCACCGCGGGGAAGCCGUUCACGCCGCUGGACUGCUGCUGGGUCCUCUGCGCGCUGCUCGUCUUCUUCUCGGACGGCGCCACGGACCUGUGGCUGGCCGCGGACUACUACCUGCGCGGGGACCUGUGGUGGUUCGGGCUGACGCUGGUGUUCGUCGUGGUUCCGUCCGCGGUGGUGCAGGUUCUCAGCUUCCGCUGGUUCGUGUACGACUACUCGGAUCUGAGCGGCAGCGGCGACGGUGCGGCGAGCGGCGGCGGCGGGGACGGCGCGGGAGCGGCAGAUGCGGCAGGUGCGGGAGCGGCAGGCGCGGCAGCCCCAGCUUGCGACGCAUUCAGCACCAAGGACAGCGACCAGCGCGGAGCGGGGACCGGGAACGACGCGAACACGAGUCCGGGUCUCGCGUCCUCUGCUCGGCCGCAGCCGGAGGAACGAGCCCGCUCCCCGCGGAGCUGCUGCACCGUGUGCAUGUGGCUCUUCCAAUCCGUGCUACACCUCCUGCAGCUGGGGCAGGUCUGGAGGUAA